CGGAUGGCAACCGGAACAGCACCGAGAUCACGAACCGGAAGUCGCUGGGCAUGUUCUGCGGCGAGAUCGAGCAGGCGCAGACCUUCAUCUCGGAGACCAACUUCGUCAAGCUCCAGUUCCAGGUGGACAACUUCACGGAGCAGACGUACUGGGCCUUCGACUCCAAGGCCCACCAGCCCUUCGAGGUGUACCAGCGCUACGGCCAGCACCCCGAGCUGUACCCCAACAGGAGGGGCAUCGCCACGCCGGGGACGUACUGCGAGCGCGCCUUCGUUGACUGCCGCCUGCAGACGUGCUACGUGCAGUCGCCCGCCUUCCCGGGGGUCACGCCGCGCGGCCUGCACUGCAGCUACCGCCUCAACACGACGCUGCCCCACAUCAAGCUGUACCUGGAGAACGAGGAGUUCAACGUGGACGGCCAGCGCUGCGAGAACAUUAUGACGUGCCCCAUGAGGCCCAUUUCGUCGGGCGCCGAGAACUGCCCGCACGACUACCUGCGCGUGUUCGACGGCCGCGACCAGCGCGCCCCGUUGGUGGGCGUGUUCUGCGGCAUGGGCCGCUUCCCGUACUCCAUCAUCGGCACGGGCAACUCGCUGCUCGUCGAGUUCGUGACGUCGCCGGCCGGGCCGCUGCUGCACUCGGGCUUCCACUUCAACGUGGGCUCGUGGCCCGGCCGCAACCAGACUGCCGCGGCCCGCCUGCCCGGCGCCUGCUCCUGGAGGCUCAGCCAGCAGGCGCUGCGCAAGGCCGGCGACCAGGAGGGCGUCUUCCUGUCGGUGGUGCACUGGUACCCGCCGCACACCACCUGCACCUACCUCAUCCAGGGCGACCCGGGCCACGUCGUGCGCCUCUCCUUCCCCAGCUUCCGCAUCAACCGGAUCGAGUCCCCGAUGGAGCCGUGGGAGGGCGACUGCGGCGAGUCGCUGACCCUGUACGACGCCUCCUGGCCCGACGACACUCGCAUCAUCCGCACCUUCUGCGACACCUUCUCGCGGCCGCAGGAGAAGACGGACUUCGUGUCGUCGGCCGAGUCCAUGUUCGUGCGCUUCGAGAGCAAGACGGGCAGCUACUCCGGGUCGUCGCUGUACUACUGGGCGCAGUACGACUUCUUCAACAACUCGCUGUCGGGCGACCGCGUGGCCAGCACGGCGUGCGACGAGCUCAUCCCGUCGUGGCGCGCGUCCCGCGGCACCGUGCGCUCGCCCACCAACACGCUCGUGUUCCGCGGCGUGGGGCCGGGUGGCGUGGCCUCCGUGUCGCAGGACGCCGUGCGCUGCACGUACCGCUUCGUCACGGACCCGCGCCUCUACGCCAGGGUGGAGGUCACCGUGCACCGCAUCCGCUUCCGGGAGGGCAGCGGCUACUCGCCGCACGUCAACAGUUGCUGGGAGGGCCGGGGGGACCGGCUGCUGCUGUGGGAGCCCCAGGCCGGCCAGGCCAGCGCCGUGCUCUCCGGACAGGCCCGGGACAUCCAGCCCGCCAACCGGUCCCUGGGCGGGCUGUGCAUGCACCAGAGUGUGGACAACGCCAACAUCCAGCUGGUGUCGCGCGGGCCCGUGCUGCUGCUGCAGAUGAGCCUGCCCUGGCCGGGCGCGGAGCAGUACUUCCGGCAGGAGGCGCCGCUGUUCGAGGCGCGCUACCGCUUCGUGCACGGCCCGCUGUGCGGCCCCGCGUCGUUGGCCGCCUCGGCCGAGGGCCAGCUCACGUUCCCCCACCUGGAGGCCCUCGCCGUGGCGCCGCCGCCGCGCGCCAUCGACUGCCGCUGGGAGCUCAACGUGCACUGGAAGAAGGACCUGUGGCUGCACUUCGAGAAGCUGUCCUUCACGACGCACUCGUGCUCCGAGGCGCGGCUGCAGGUGCUGCUCACGGACAUCCCCGGCGCCGAGCCCUGGUUCAGCAGCUGCGGCGACGGCGGGGAGCAGCGCAAGCUGCCCAUCCUGCCCACGGACCAGCUCGAGGGCCCCGUCGUCGUGACGCUGACGGCGUCCUCGCCCAACGCCGUCGCCUUCAACCUCCGCUGGACGGAGCUGCAGAGGGGCUCGGCAGCACUGGGCCGGCUGCAGGCCGCGGGAGUGCCCGCCGCAGAGACCCCUGUCGGCGACCUGCGGCAGAACGACGACUGCGCCUUCAUGUGCCCGGGCACGGCGGGCAUGUGCAUCCCGUCCCGGCUGGUCUGCAACGGGGUGCUCAACUGCCCCCCGCCCGUGCCCGGCGUGGCCGACAGUGUGGCCUUCGACUCGGCCACGUCCGACGAGGACCCCGCCCACUGCGCGCCGGUGCGCGACGAGGGCUACCCGUGGUGGACGCUGUACGUGGGCGCCGCGUCGGCCGCGCUGCUGGCCCUGGCCGCCCUGGUGCUGCUGUGCAGGGCGUGCUGCUGCUGCGGCAAGCAGCGCGACAUCGACGUGCCCUACUAGGGGCCCUGCUAGGGGCCCGGCGCAGCCCCGCGCCACAAAGACCCUGCUGCUGCAGGGAGCGACGCCUUCCGAAAGGGAGAACAGUGUCCGUGGUCGCCGCCUCACGUGUCAAGACGCCGAGGCCGCAGUGCAUUUUGGCCGGCUCGUACUGAGUGGGCCAAGUUUCCAAGGGAAACCGGGAUGCCCUUCGGGUGCCCAAUUCCAAAGACUUCUCGUUCGCAGAAGGAGCCGUUCGUGAUUGUGAUUUUGUAUUUUAUUUCUGUUCUUCCUGUUGCUCAAUGUUGCUUUCCCGUGCAGUCACAGUGCUCUCACUCUGCAAGUAGACGUAAACUACUUUCACAAAAAAGGAAACAGCGUCUACAGUACCUGCCACUACUCUGAACACAUUAAGCCCUCCCUGGUUGAAACUCUAAGUUGCUUAUAGUUUAAGUUUGCCAUGGUGUUCCCAUUACCAGGGGUCGUUGUCUGUUGCACGUUCAUUCGUAAGUUACGUUUCUUUCAUUUUAUAAAGACGUGUACAAUAUUCGACAAAAAAUGAACAACUUAUAAAAUUUUAUCGGUUUGUUGCAAACAUCUCCGUUUAUUUAUUUAUAACGAUACUGCCAUUAAAAUGUGCUGUAUUUUUACAAGCAAAAUCAUUUCUGUAUAUUUUUAGAAAUAAAACAAACCAUUAAAAUAUUUGGUUAAAGACUUCAGUAUGUGCCUGUAAUAAAGAACAUUGAGUGGAUGUCGAACUUGUGUCUGUUACUAUUAAUUGUUACCAUAGGUAUUUAGUAAGCGUGAGUGUUGUGAGAAUGAUGUAAGUUAAUUGCGUGAAUAAAAUUUACGUUGU